UUCGAGCGCUCAACGUUGACGGCGCGGCUGGAAAUCGCGGCUAAAAUCGUCUUUAAAAAUCGGCUAAAAUCGGCCAAUAACAAGCUCGGCGCACACACAGUGCGUACUCCGUAAGCGGGACGAGCCCUACAAUACAACUACUGCUACUGCUGUGCGUGUGUGUCUGUGUGCGGUCGCGGACAUGAAGUGAAUAAGAAAUUGGAAAAGCACUAAAACAUAACAUGUACCUAUGGUAUAUACAUAUCUAAAAAAAAAAUACAGAAAACAAAAAAGAAGAAAUAUAUAAAUAAAAAUAAAAUAAAAAACGCAAAAGAAAACGCAAGAAACGUGGGUAAGGCCAAAAGCGAGGCAGCAACUCUUCGGCGUCGCCGAUAAUCCAAAAAUAUAUCUAUAUAAAAAGCGCGAAAUAUUUUUUAUUUCGGCUCCAAAUCUACAGAAAUGCACAGAACAGAGAAGCAUUCAGAGAAGCAUUCGGAAAACUCCCAGCUGAGCACAGAUCUACUGCAGAUGUCCAGGAAAAAAUGCAAUAAUAACCAGCAGAGACGAGGCCGUCGGAGGUGGGAACCCAUCAGCCUCCUGACACUUUUGGCUCUAACCAUUUGCAUGGCCCACACGUCGUUGGCUACUGUUGCCGUUCCCGCCAUUGAGAGUAACAGCAGUGCCUCCUCCACAAUCGUCACGGUCGCGGUCACGCCAAGCUCCAGCUUCAGCGGCUCCGGAAGCAGCACCACGGAAUCGCUGGCCGAACAGCAGCAGCCUCAGGGCCAGUGCCUGCACGAUGGAGCCUGGGUGGCGGACUCCGCCAGGCGGUGCGAGAAGAAGGCCAACUGCCGGGCCAUCCAGCGCACAGGACACUGCUGUCCCGAUUAUAAAUGCGAUUGCGAAAAGGAUGGCAAAACUUAUGCCAAUGGUUAUAAAUUGGUUGAUCCGGACACGCCGUGCACCGUGUGCUACUGCAAAGGCGGCGAUAUUGUUUGCAGCUCGGUGACCUGUUUCCGGCGUGACGACUGCAUGCCCAAAUAUGUGCCCGGGCGCUGCUGUCCGGAGUACGACAAUUGUCCCAUUCUGGACAAUAAUCCUCUAGUAGGCGAAGUCAUGAGCAGCAGCACCUCUACAACCCAAAGGCCAGCUCCCCAGGCUCAGCCCGCGGGCUUCAACUGGAACAUCACCAUCAAGGAGAUAACCAAGCCGACAGAGAUCCGGAUAACCGAUGACAACAAGGCCAAGCCAUCGAUGAUACCCACACGGAAGGUGCUGGCAGCAACCGAUGGACCUGGAUCAACCACAACAAUGGGAUCUUUGGAGAGUACCACUGCCACGGCAACAACUCCCUCGGCUGCCAUGAGUACUCCGCCGGCUGUUAGUACAACUUCCGCAGCAGCCAUGUCACCGGUGCCACCUGCAGCAGCGGAAACUCCAACUCCAACGGUCACUGGAGCAACACCAACGCUGAGCAGCCAAGACAGCAACCCCAAAGCACUUCCAGGUGGCUCUGGCAGCAGUGAGAGCUUAAAGCUUAUCGCCUCCGUGGGCUACAUCGAACGACCGCUGGCCACGAGCAGCAGCAACAUUGUGGAGCAACAGGUGAAGCCACUGGUCACCUACAAUGCCGAGGGACUGCAGACGCUGGCGGAGAGCGAUCCCAGCAAGGUGAACAUCAAGCGGGAGUACACCACAGAGGGACCAGGAAUGGGUUCGGUAUCGAGCACCAGGAACUAUGAGGAGGCAGUGCCUCUGAAUGCCGGUCUGUUUAUCCAAAAUGGAUUCAGGGAUUCCCUAGUUGAGUCUUCGGAUGGGGAACUGGAACCAGAUACGGCUGGAAGCGACAACAUCUAUCACAUCAUCUCGACCACAGAGGGACCUGGAACCGGCUCCAAUAAGAUGACCACAGAUGCACCGCCAAGAGCCAGCCAGGAGGAGGUUUCAUCAUCCGCUGGCAACAUUAACAAAACAGAGACCGAGAUCAGCACAGAGGCUCCGGCAGCUGUGAGCAGUGAGAUGCCGCCACUGAGCUCCACCCAUCACAUGGAUGUGGAGGAUGAUGUACCCCAGGUGGAGUCAAAUCCCGCGUAUCCCUCGCUGCCCGGUGAUGACUUUAGUCUGCGCGAUGUCAACUUUCCCUUGGUUGAACUGGAAGAUAUUGCCGAGCCCGAGAAUGAUGAGCCCAGGAGCAUAACCAGUCCCUUUGAGAUGGAUGCCAACCAUGUAAAACUCACGCCCGACACAACUCUGGAUGGGAGUGGCAGUGGCGGCGGUAGCGGUGGCGGAGACUUUGAUCUCUACCAGGAGAAAUCCUCUACCACGGAUAACAUGAUGGUGGCCGCCUCAUCCGUGCGGGAGAAGAGCGUCCUGGUGCCGCUACUGAUGUACAGUGGCGAGGAUAUAUCCGGCGAGACACGCAUCCAGAACGGCAGUGAUCUGCAGCAGCUGGAGAAGAUUGCCAGGAAUGAAACAGACGAAGAGGUGGAUCUGGGCAGUGGCGAGAUUCGAGACCGUGAACCUGUUACGCCCAAGACCAUGCCGGUUUCCGCCCUGGAUAUUGAUGAGCUGGGUUCGGGAGCGGGUCAGGUGGGCGGUGUGGAUCCCAAAGCCGAUGCCGAGAGCUUGAAGCUGGACGAGAGUCCAGAGUCGGUGGCCAGGACCAGUUCGGUGGACAAGUCCUCGGCGAGGGCCGAAAAGAGUUUCGUGGAAAGGGCUUUGCCACUGGGACGUCUCUAUCUCCAGCGGAUAUAUUGAGCAGGAGUCGCCGCAGGAGAAGAUCAAGCCUUUAUUGUAUAUAAAUACACCAUAAAGCAGAGCUGCCCACAUAGAGCCACCGAGGACUCACAGUCUGGAGGUCACCGAGUGCUCUGUGGGAGCAGCCCUGCCGCAAAGCCUAGUAACUUGGAAACGCAACAAAAAUCAAAUCCAACCAUUCAAGCGAGCGACAGAGUUAGGUUAAGUAGCCAGAAAGGGGGAGAGGAGGAGCAUCCUUUGAAGAUGAUCAUUUCCAUAGACUGCAUAGAAGACCAUCUGAAUUUAUCGACCUACGAACAUAAUCAUAGCUGGGCCCCCCAAA